AUGAAAUAUUGCGAUGUAUUUUCGCCGGACGGGAGUACGGGACGGAAUAUGACUGUGGCCGACGCUCGAGAGUUAGGAGGCGGCCAGCCAAUAUCAGAUUCGACAAUAAAUGGAGUAUUACAUCUCGGGAACCUAUUCGAGCCGACUCGCGAUGCGGUUCUAUUAGAUGCAGGUUUUCUAAAUCAGCUAGAAACGCUCAUAGAUUCCUCUGGCAUUACUGCCGCGACUGCACAGAUGUUGGUUAGUACGGCACCACCCACUCACGGGAAUCGCAGCACGUGCGUCUUAAUGCCAUACUGCUUCGAUCACUCUGAUGAGAAUGCAGCACAUUGGGUUUUGAUCGUUCUCCAUCGUCGUACCAAUCAAUGGCUUUUGUUUUCUUCCUUAAACGGUUAUCAACAAACCUCAAGUAAGCGAAGAAAGGUCCAAAGGCUGGUAGAUUUCUGUGCUCAACGGUGGAACCGGAAGCGAAGUCACAUCCGCGCUAGCCCGGCAUUCAUUGAAAGUGAGUGCCAGCAACAAGAUGAUCAUGUCAGUUGCGGCAUCUUUGUCAUCGAAAAUGUGGCUACUCUGUUUCGAGAUGGUACGCGCCUGACCGAUUUGAGGCACGUUAACGUAGAUCCAACAGAGAAGAGAAAAGUGUGGUUCGAAGCGCUCUUUGGCAUAUCAUAUCAUUCAGCUGAUUGGGGAGCACUAGAGCCCGUACAGUAUCAGCGCUCGAUACCGUCCUGCCCCAAUGGAUCUGAAGACAGCGCUAGCUUUAGCAGUAGCAAUGAUGAGACGGAGAAUGUGGGAGCCGUCAAUAGUGUGCAGAUAUUGGGAAACAGAAGGAGGCAGUCAGUGUUCGACCAAAGUCUUGGCUCAGAAGUCAUCUUCGUUCAACAGAGCGCUCUAAUGCAUCUACCAGCGGGCUCCUAUCGAUUUGUGGGUAAUCAACCCACUGAAGACUACUUAGUGGAGGCUUCUGUUGACGCUAUUCACAAAUUCUUGCCUCGUAACUCAUGGAAGCAAAUACACAAUUCUAGCACUGACAGCUCUCCCGCUAGCACGCUCUCACCUACUUCCUCAUUCGGCAGUGGUAGCACAUCAGACUUUGGUUCAGAUACACCUAGCCAGCAAGGACCUUCUGGCUCGAUAUCCAAACUAAGUCAGUCGCCCAGCUUUACCGCUGCUUCGCUGCCGAGUCAAACGGACGCCACCGCGUUCACGCCCUCGCUGCAACCGGUCAUGCCUACGAUUUUUACUCCUUCUUUUCAGCAGAGGCAGCAAGUAGCAUCUCCCUUCCCUCCUCUUACAGUUUAUACGGCCUCAUUAUUUCAGGUUCAUGAACCACUGUACACUACUGUAUCCACAUCGCAACAACUAGGUACCCAGAUUCCAAAUCUGUAUCAGCCUUCCAGCUUCGCUAAUCCAGAGACUGGCAACGCGUUCCAUGGCUAUCUCAAUAGUCAUACUCUAGGAUACGUGCCCUGGUACGACUCUUCAGAUGCCGAUUACAAUCCAGCGAGGUAUGGUAGUGUGAGUCAUCCGGAUUUCUUUGAUUAG